AUGCGGUUGACUUUCUGUUUAUUAUUUAUUUCGUUCGCUUUCGCUGGAGAUCUCAAGCUUUCUGGAUGGGUCAGUUGCUCGAAUUGGGCUUGCGACGAGGCUAUUCAAGAAGGUGUAGCAAGACUUAACUUCAUUGGGCUAAAGUCUGACGAUGACGUCGACUGGCUCAAAGUUCAGUCUGGUGAUACUAUCGUCGUAACUGGCAAAGAUGCUGGGACACUGAAAGGUGUUCCUCUUCUUCAUGGACAUAUAAAAGGCAAAGAAGAGGACAAAGGAAGUGGCCUUUUCCCUUCGUCAGUUCUACGCGUUCUUCGGGACAAGCUUCGCCCAUUGAAUUCUCGUCGCUACUUCGAAGAUAUUCAAAAUGAAAAACGUGGGAUAGAUACUCAAACCGAGUCCGACGAUUCAAAAGCAGAAGCUAGCACGCCACCUCCGACAACAAAAGCGCCUCCGAUCGCGACCGAAGCCCCACGAGUGGAUUUCAAGCUGGUUCCUCUGCAGAAAACAUCCCAAAUUUGGACGUGGAUCGAUAGCAUGUUGGACGAAAGAUUUGUUGACCGACUUUUACUGACGCUCAAGGAUGAGCAAUCUGCUCUGCUUUUGCUAGUAUCAUCAAGAAUGGCAACACAAAAGAGUCAAGAUAAACCAGAACUUCAGAGAUUCCAUCAGCUUGCGAAAGAAGUAUCUGCGGCCGUUGAAUCAGCUCACGGGAUCGGCAAACGCAGAGAAAGUAGGACGCCGCCAACGCUCUCAGAACUUUCAGAACUCGCUCACAGAGUCAGUCAACUCCUCCUCGAUCCAUACGCCGCUACUAUGUAUCAAAACUCAAAGGGCUUCGCCCCACCCAAGCUUCAAGAAGUUCGAGUCAAGUACGGUAUCGCAACAGAUGAAGAAGUCAACAACGUUGAAAACACUGAAAAAGUUGAAGAAAAGGAAAUUCCUGAUAAUCGAAGUGAAGAAGCAAAGCCUGUUGAAGAAGCGACGCCUGAAGACAAUUCUAACUUAUCUGAAAAGUUGAAUGAUACGGACUUCAUAGAGGAAAAUCCCGAAGAAAUUCGAAUCGAUUCAGAGCAGAUCCAAGACUUAGACCCUAUUAAUGAGCCGAAUGAAGUUACCCAAGAUUACCACGAAGAAGUUGUCGAGGAUGUUACAGACAAGUCGCAGCCGUCACAGGAUCAAGUGGAACCCGAAGACUUGGCUAUCGAGCAAGACGAACAAAAUGAUGCUCCGGUUGUCGAAGAAAAUGAACCCGCCGCAGAAGAAACAUUUGAAGACGUGGCUAAGGACGACUCUCAUGUAGAAAAUAUUGAUGAGCCUGUUGCCCAGCUUCAAGAAGCAGAGCCAACUAUCGAGGACCCUGAAGGGAAACCCGAACAAAGUGAGGAGCCGCAAGUAGAUGAGGCCGCUAUCGAUGAUCCUGUCAUUGAAACCUUCGUAGAUGAAGAAGUAGAGGAUUCUGUGACUGAAGAUGAAAUCGAUUUGUCCCUGCCAGAAGCUAUUGGAAAUGAACUUGUCGGCGAAGUACCAGCACAGACAGGACCUCCUGAGGGUGUCGAUCAGGAGGCCGAAGAUCAAGAAGAAGUGAUUAACCAGACUGACGAAGCUCAUUUAAAUGAAGAUGAAGGCGGCGAAGUUGCGGAGGAAGUUGUUCCAGAAGAUAUUAUUCACGAAGAGGAACUAAUCGAUGAGGUUGCUAAAAAAGUUCAAGAGCAGAUCCAAGAGGGAGUUCAAGAGCAGAUCCAAGAGGGAGUUCAAGAAAAUACUUUGGCUGAAAUUGCAGAACCUGUCGAAACAGCGACUGAAAAUGAAAUAGACCCGAUCGUUGAGGAAGAACCUCUUCCUACCGAUGUUCCUAUUCUCGAAGUUGAUAAAACAACUAACCAAAAGAUAGAAUCAGACACAGAGUUUCAAAAUGAUGACCUGCCUCUUGCCGUUCCUCCACUUGAUUCUAAUGAUCCGGAGCUCACCGAAGACGGCGUUUUGGAGGGCGAUAUCCAGCCUGAUGCUUCAGAAAAAGUUGAGGAAGCUGUUUUGGUGGAAGAAGAAAGCCAAGAAAAACUGGAGUCCGAGGAAGACUUGUUCAUUGAAUCUGAACCAACGAUUCCAACUGAGCCUGAAGUUUUCACGGAUUCCCCAGACAAUGAGCCAGAAAUGAUUAUUGAUCCUGUAGAAAUCAUCCCUGAAGACAUUCCUUUGACUGACCAAGAUAAUCAAGAUGCUGUAAAUGUCCCAGAAUCUCAGGAAGAGGAGCUGGUGAAGAUGCAGGAUUUUGAUGAAGAAGGAUCGACAGAGCUCCACCUUGCUGAUGUGCCUGAGUCCCUUGAUGUUGGUGUUAUCACUCCAGAAUCAGAUAGUUUUAAGAUAGACCCUGAAGUUCAAGUAGAUGAGUCACUCGAAGCAAUCGAAGAUCCGCCUCAUGAGGAGGACACGCCUGAACCAACCAUCGAGAGCACAACUCCCUAUUCCCGCGAAACGAAUCCUUACCGGGAACGUGAACUGCUCAAAAUGCUGGAAUCGAAGCCGCUUUUAUUCAAAAUCACGAGUUGGAUAAAUGUCAUGGGAGAGGAGACAUUCAGCGAGUUCUGGCUCAUCUACGUGCUUCUUUCGAUUUUUACCUUCUCAUUCAUUCGUCAUUUGGCGACCAUUUGCAGCGAUGGAGGAAUCUCCGCCAAAAUGGCCAUUCUCGAUAAAGAACUUGCCGCAAAGAAAAGUGAAAACGACGCAAAACGAGAAAAGCAAGACAAGGAAGAUCUUGAUCGAGCGCAAGCCGAGCUCAAUAGCACACGUCACGAAAUAAAAUCGAUUGAAGAGAAGAUCACUGCCCUCCGGAAGUUUGAAGCACAAUUCGAUCAAUAUCUACAGCAACUAAAUGACAGCGCUAUAGAAAUGUCACAAAAAACCGAAGAGCUCCGUGCUCAAGACACGAAGUUCACGGCGGAAAUGGAAAGUGAAGGUGGCAAAUACACCGAGCUCCAGCAGUUCUCUUCGCAAGAUGCUCAAGCAGUUGAGGACAUUAAUGCCCACGAGGCUGAUCUCAAGGAGAAAAUUGAGAAUAUGCUCUCUCAGAGUCAGAAUAUGCUCAAGGAACAACCUAAAAUUGAAGCUGACUUGAAAAAGGCAAAGCUAGUCAAUCAAAACUUUGUCCAAGAGCUAGAGGAGUUGAAAUCAGCAAGCGACGCUCACAGCGCCAACAUAUCAAAACUCUCAGCAAUCAAAAAUGACAGCGAAGAAAAGCUUUCUAACGUUCAACAAAAUGUAUUCGACCAAAAAGUUGUCUACGCAUGGCUUGAAGCUAAUGCCGAUUGCGCUGGUGAUAGUGCGGAAGAAAUCAUUUUGAAUCAGCGAUCAUACCUCGUCAAUGCUAUCAAAAGGAUUCCAAUGCAACAGUCCGAAAACAAACGCCUUCUGCAAGAAAACGAAGAACUGACAAAUCGUCUAGAGGCCAUACGGGCUUCUUGUGCGGAGCUCGAUAAGAAAAUCGAUGACGUAGAGACGAGUGAGGAGCUCGAAGCACAAUUUACAGAGCUAAAAGAAGAAGUAGAAACUCUACAGGCUAAGUUGGAAGUGACUAAUGACUACUACGCCAAACGAGAGACGGAAAUUAACGCGCAGCUUGGAACAGAAUCUGCCGAAAGAGACAAUUUCGAAAGCUCUUACAAUUCGCAAAAAGAGCGUGAAUCUCAGGUGAAAGAGCAGCUCGAUACUUUGAAAGAACAGUGUGCUGAUCUCGAGUCAAAAUGGGAAGAUGCUGAUGUCAAAUUUAACAAAAUGCUUGCAGAACUUGAAGAGAGAAAAACAAGCAACUUUUUGGCUUUGACUGAUACUGAGAUGAAAGUUGUCCAGCUCACUCAAGUUGUGCGCUCAUUGAGAAACGAUACGAACGAGAUUGAUGAUCGCAUUGAGCAAGCGCAAGAAUACAUGGCCGAGCUUGAGAUGAAAAUUGACGACUCGAGCCGCUCCGAUAGACGCUCCGAUACCGAUGUGAUGGAUCCGAUCUGGGUUCUAUGUCCCGCUCAAUUGGUUCGCACUCCCAUGCUUCAACCCGUCCAGAUUCGCGACGUUCAAAUCGUUCACAUCGCCGCAACAACAGCGGCCGUUAGCCAAUCAAUAUCAUUAGUUUCAACUGCAAUGGAUAUUAAUAUUACUGUGCAAUACAAUGAAUCAAAUAGCUUCUAUGAUCUUGCCAAUUAUCGUUCUGAUUUAAGAUACCCGAUGCCGGUUGAUGUUCGUAAGCGGCCUACUCGACUUGUAUCCUCUGCCUCUGCGAUCUGGUCGUGGCAGUUUCGGAUAAUUCUUGUCGGCGACUCGACUGUCGGGAAAUCAGCUCUUUUGAAGCGUUUUACGGAGGGAUCAUUCGCCGAAACGAGCGAUCCAACUGUCGGAGUUGACUUUUUCGCGCGUGUGAUUGAGAUAGAAGACAGCGUUCCUGACUUCAGUAGAUGUCGUCUACAGAUUUGGGAUACAGCAGGGCAAGAACGCUUUCGAAGUAUUGCUAGAAGCUACUAUCGAAAUGCUGUUGGUGCAUUGAUAGUUUACGAUAUCACAUCGCGAAAAAGCUUUGAAAAUGCGUCCAACUGGCUGAAAGAUGCUCAGUUGCAUGCGGAGAAUGGAAUAGCGAUUGCUCUUGCGGGUCAAAAAUCAGAUCUUGAUGCCCGUCGCGAGGUUUCGACGGAAGAAGCGGAAACCUGGGCUCAUGAGAACAAUCUUCCUUUUCUGGAAACAUCUGCCAAAAACGACUACAACGUCGAACGCAUAUUCUCCAAGCUAGCAGUUGAUAUCUACAACAGAAUAAAUGAUGGCCGAUUGAAAUCCUGCGAGGGAAUCAAGUCUGGGCUGGUCCCUGCUCAACCCCUCAGCGACAUCGCCUCACCCAUCGAUGAUUCUGGGUGCACAGUCAACACAUCUGAAUGCUGUAAUGCAACUGGCAGCGCUUAA